UUGGACGAUAUUUGAGUGAUUUUAGCCAAUCAUACUCACCCAGGUCAGAACAAAUGAACAGGAAGAAAAGAUGGCGGCUAGGAACGGAAAGAAUGGUCUAUUGGAAAAAUGGAGGAUUGAUGAAAAGCCAGUGAAGAUCGACAAAUGGGAUGGUGCAGCUGUGAAGAACUCUCUAGAUGAUGCGCUAAGAAGGUCUGUUCUGAUUGAAAAAUAUGGCUACGUUGAGAACUUCAACCUAGUGGAUGGACGUCUGUUCAUUUGCACGAUCUCCUGCCUUUUCGCCAUUGUAGCUUUAAUUUGGGAUUACCUCCACCCGUUCCCGGAGUCCAAGCCCGUACUGGCGUGUUGUGUUGUUUCGUACUUCAUAAUGAUGGGGAUUUUGACCCUGUACACCUCUUACAAAGAGAGGAACAUCUUCCUUGUGGCCUUGCAGAAGGACCCAGCUGGAAUGGACCCUGAUCACAAUUGGCAGCUGUCCUCUAGCCUAAAAAGGUUUGACGACCAGUAUACGUUAAGAGUGUCCUUCACUGACGGGAAAACCAAGCUGUUCAGGGAGGCGGAGUUUACAAAGUCGGUCGGGGUGUUCUUCGACGAGAACGGGACGCUGGUGAUGGACCAAUUUGAAAAACAUGUCUCAAAGCUUCACGACACAUUGGCCACAGAGAAGAAGACAAAGUAACGGUUAGUCGAAACUGACCUUCAGCGACCCGGCGCACGCAGUAACGGUGGCUAUAGUGGGACAAAACACAUGUUAUUCAGUCUAGCGAGUGUUAUCACAGUUUAGCUCUCAGCUCUAACAUUACAUAAGGUCAGCAGUGUUUUUUUAGCGCUAAAAGAUUUAUUUUCUUUUUUGUGAGCCAUGUUUUGUUUUUGUUUUUUUAAAUGCAAGUUCAUUUCAUACUGGUGUAUCAGUUUAGUGCUCUUUAUUAAAUACAAAAAAGCCAGGUAUUUCUACCAUAUGCAUAGAUGAGAAACAGUGUUCAAUAUCAAUGAAUUUAAACGCUCUCUUUAAAGAAAGUUUGCAUGAUUUUUUUUUUUUCAUUUGGUAAUUGGAAGCAGUUCACAUUAGGGUUUAAAUGAUGGAAUAUAUAUAUUUUCAUAAAACAAAAUGAGUCCCUCCUUCCCUCAGGAGUGUUUUCGGAUCAGAGGUGCUCCACAUUUCACGACGCCGUGUGAAGCGUUGAGGAUCUGAAACGAGCAGAUUGUUGUACAUCUGAGCGCCAGUGUAUAUAGAGAGCCUUAUUAAAUGUCUGUUCAGUCUGCGUAUAUAUUUUUUUCACAUUCUGAAUUGAAUCUGCUUAGGCUUUAAAGGACAACAGAAAUAAACUGUCCAUCUGUCGUGUUGUCUACCGCUUAGAUACUCUUGUGUUUGGCCAUUUAUGCUUGAACCAGGGAUAACUGUUUUAUGUUCGCUUUUUGUGUGUGUGUGUGUGUGAGCAUCGGCUCAGUCCUGACCUGUUUUUCACACUCGGGAGUAAAUGGACCUGAAUUUCAUGGUUUUCUGUCAACAGCCAUUUUCAUAUAGAUUUUUUUAAAUUUAUUUAGAAAAGUUUAGACCCGUCCCGUACAUCUGGUUGCAGUUUGUUUCUCCAUAUUGUGAAAUAUUAGGCCUGCUGAAAUCCACGGGGACUUGACAAUGUUUUUUGUCUAAUGAUAUUCAGCUUAAACCCAUAUUGUAUGUGCCUGUUAUUCUCAAACAAAACAAAAAAUGACAAAAUAAAGGAAGGCAUUUUAACAUU